GACUGGCAGAAGUGCCCCUUCUUCAGGACAGAGCAGUUGGGGUGGGGAUAGGAGGGGGAACAUUUGUUGAAUUCCAGUCUUUCAACUCAGAACCUGGAGCAGGACCAGGAAGAUUCCGGGAGAUCUAGGAGAAGUACAGCUGGAGAAGUACAGAUAGACGUCUAGGAAAGUGGAGACAAAGUGAAGAAGAACCAAGGGGACUGGGCUGAGCAAGUGGCAUGGGGACAUUCUGGAGCAAAGAGAGAUCUCCAGAGGGGGAGCUGCCCAAUGAAUUGGGCAGAAGGCAGGCAGUGGCAGGACGGGUGCUAAUGGCUGUCCUGCUUUUUGGCGUGCUCCUUGCUUCUUCUUUGCUUUUGUUCUUUAUCUUCCAAAGUUGUGGCCCUUGCACUUGUGAGACUCCGGUGUGUUUGGAUCUCCUGGCUCGUUACCUGGCCUCUGGGAACAGUAGCGUGGACCCCUGCACCAACUUCUUCACCUUUGCCUGUGAAAAUGCCAAUGGGACCAGUAAUUCUUUUCAGAUCCUUGCAGAGGAGAAUAAGAGCCGACUUAGGAGAAUACUGGAGGCCCCAGAUUCCUGGCGUGUGGGCUCUGGGGAGGAGAAGGCCUUCAAAUUCUACAAUUCCUGCAUGGACACACUUGCCAUUGAAGCUGCAGGGACUGGUCCCUUGAAACACAUUAUUGAGGAGCUUGGAGGCUGGCAACUCUCUGGUAACUGGACUUCGCCAGACUUUAACCGAACCCUGAGACUUCUGAUGAGUCAGUAUGGCUACUUCCCAUUCUUCAGAGCCUCUCUGCGCCCUCAUCCUUCCCCUCCACAUGCACCAGUCAUCCAGAUAGACCAGCCAAAGUUUGACAUUCCCCUCAAGCAGGAGCAGGAACAAAAGAUCUAUGCCCAGAUCUUGAGGGUAUACCUGGCUUACCUGAAUCGACUGGGAACCUUGCUGGGAGGAGACUCAUUCGAAGUGCAAAACCACACUGCCUUGUCCAUCUCCAUAACGUCACAGCUGUUUCAGUUUCUGAGGCCCCUGGAGCAGCGGCAGGCACAGGGGAAGCUCUUCCAGAUAGUCACUAUUGCCCAACUGCAGGAAAUGGCCCCUGCCAUCGACUGGUUGUCCUGCUUGCAAGCAACAUUCACACUGAUGUCCUUGAGCCCCUCUGAGCCCCUCGUGGUCCAUAAUCUGGAGUAUUUGAAAAACAUGUCGCAACUGGUGGAAGAGAAACAGUUGAUGCACAGGGACUUUCUGCAGAGCCAUAUGAUCUUGGGGCUGGUGUAUACCCUUUCUCCAGCCCUGGACAGUAAUUUCCAGGAGGCACACAGGGAGCUGAGCCAGAAGCUGCAAGAGCUGACAGGACAGCCACCCAUGCCCGCCUACCCUCGGUGGAUGAAAUGUGUGCAGCAUACAAGAAACUUCUUUGCACCUACCCUGGCAGCCUUGUUUGUUCGUGAUGCCUUCAAUCUGAGCAUCCAGAAUGCUGCCAUGGAAUUGUUCUCUGCAAUCAAGGAUGCCCUCUUAACUCACCUCAAAAUGCUUCCAUGGAUGAAUGAGGAGACCCGGAAAGAGGCCCAGGAAAGGGUCAUCCAACUGCAGGUGAAGAUGGGGGCCCCAGAAUGGGUUCUGAAGCCAAAGCUGACCAAUCAAUACAGUGAUAUACAACUUGGACCCAACUUCUUGCAGUCCUUCAUAAGCUGCGUCCAAUCUCUCCAAGCUAGAACUGUUCAGGCUGCAUUGCAGCCUUUUCCCCAACACCGCUGGCAGGUGUCCCCCUGGGGAGUCAAUGCUUACUAUUCAAUACCUGAUCACAUGGUGGUCAUCCCUGCUGGACUCCUCCAGCCCCCAUUCUUCCACCCAGGCUACCCCAGAGCUGUGAACUUUGGCGCUGCUGGCAGCAUCAUGGCUCAUGAGCUGUUGCACAUCUUCUACCAGUUCUUACUCCCUGGGGGCUGCCCAUCCUGUAACACACGUGCCCUUCAGGAGGCAUUGCUGUGCCUAGAAAACCACUAUGCUGCCUUCCCAUUGCCCAGUGGAGUCUCCUUCAAUGCCUCUCACACACUGCUGGAGAAUGCUGCAGACAUGGGGGGGCUGGCCAUUGCACUGCAGGCAUAUUUCAAGACACUAUUGUCGAAUCAUGGGGAGACCACCCUACCCAAACUGGGCCUGAGCCCCCAGCAGCUUUUUUUCCGAAGCUAUGCCCAGGUGAUGUGUAAGGAGCCAGGUCACCAGGAUUCGCAGGACACUCACAGCCCUUCCACCCUUCGAGUCCACGGGCCCCUCAGCAACACCCAGGCCUUUGCAAGACAUUUCCAGUGUCCACAUGGUUCCCUCAUGAACCCCUCCAGCCGCUGUCAACUCUGGUAACCUGACUCCCAAAGAGACCUCGAUACAGAUGUAGCAACAUCUCCCCGAUCCCAUCCCUGGACUUGGGGCAAUAUUCUCUUUCCCCUUCUACUCCGGAAAUAAAACAUGGCCCCUGA